AUGAUAGAUGUCUGUGAAGGAACAAUUGAGUUAAACUUGGGAAAGGACCUGAAGAUGAAGUUUGAUAUCAAGGAUACAAUGAGGAAACCAACUAUAGAAGAGGGAUAUGUGAGCUCAGAAACUGAUGAGUACAAGAAGCUCCUUGACACCUUCAGACCAGUUCCAAACAUUCUGAGCAUUGAGGAUUGGACAGGCCAGUUUGCGAAGUCAUGGCACAAGGAGCAAGCUCAAGGAGAUUGGUCUGAGCUUAAGGCGCCUAAAGUCGACCUCAAACCUUUGCCUGAGGGCCUCAGGUAUGCAUUUCUGGGUGAAAACUCAACUUACCCUGUCAUUGUGAACUCUGAUUUGGAACCUGAACAGUUGAGUGCUUUGCUUGUUGAAUUGAGAAAGUACAGAAAGGCAAUAGGUUACACUCUAGAUGAUAUCAAGGGGAUCUCCCCUGACCUAUGCAUCCAUAGGAUUCAUCUAGAGGAUGAAAGUAAGUCAAGCAUUGAACCUCAGAGAAGGUUGAACCCCAAUCUAAAGGAAGUAGUGAAGAAAGAGAUACUCAAGUUGCUUGAUGCUGGGAUAAUCUAUCCCAUCAGUGAUAGCACUUGGAUAUCUCCAGUUCAUUGCGUCCCAAAGAAAGGGGGGAUCACUGUCAUUAAAAACGACAAAGAGGAGCUGAUUCCCACUAGAACAAUAGUGGGGCAUCGCAUGUGUAUUGACUAUAGGAAGCUAAAUUCAGCAUCUAGAAAGGAUCAUUUCCCUCUCCCUUUCAUUGAUCAGAUGUUAGAAAGAUUGGCAAACCACCCUUUUUAUUGUUUUCUUGAUGGCUACAGUGGUUUCUUCCAAAUCCCGAUCCACCCUAAUGAUCAGGAGAAGACCACUUUCACAUGCCCUUAUGGCACCUUUGCUUAUCGAAGGAUGCCAUUUGGGCUGUGCAAUGCUCCAGCUACUUUCCAGAGGUGCAUGACCUCCAUUUUUUCAGAUCUGAUAGAGGAGAUGGUAGAAGUCUUCAUGGACGAUUUCUCAGUCUAUGGAGCAUCCUUCUCCUCAUGUUUGUCUAACUUGUGCAGGGUGUUGCAGAGGUGUGAGGAGACCAAUCUAGUACUCAACUGGGAGAAGUGCCACUUCAUGGUUCGAGAAGGGAUUGUGCUUGGACACAAGAUUUCCGAGAAAGGGAUCGAGCUCGAUCGAGCUAAGGUGGAUGUCAUGUUGCAGCUCCCUGUUCCCAAGACUGUGAAGGACAUAAGGAGUUUUCUGGGUCAUGCAGGGUUCUACAGAAGAUUCAUCAAGGAUUUCUCAAAGAUAGCAAGACCCUUGACAAGGCUUCUGUGCAAGGAGACAGAUUUUGAGUUUGAUGAAGAAUGCCACAAGUCUUGGACCUUGCUGAAGGAUGCUCUGGUGUCUGCGCCAAUAGUACAAGCUCCAAACUGGGAUCACCCAUUUGAGAUUAUGUGUGAUGCAUCUGACUAUGCAGUAGGAGCAGUGCUUGGCCAAAAGAUAGACAAGAAACUCAAUGUCAUCUACUAUGCAAGCAAGACUAUGGAUGAUGCUCAGUGCAAGUAUGCAACCACAGAGAAGGAACUCCUUGCCAUAGUCUUUGCCUUUGAGAAGUUUCGAAGCUAUAUAGUUGGAUCCAAGGUGAUUGUGCACACUGACCAUGCUGCCCUUAGACACAUCUUCGCUAAAAAGAUACAAAGCCAAGACUUCUCAGAUGGAUCCUUUUGCUUCAAGAGUUUGAUAUAG